ACCGUUUUCGUUUGUUGGAGUCCGUAAAUCUGACCUGAGAGCAGGCGGUGGUCCGUUUGUUUUCUCGGAGCCAGAAUGGCGUUCAGAGUUUUACAUUUCAGCUCCGGCUGCAGGUUUGUUAACAAAAACCUUCAUAUGGUACAAAAACGUGCUGGUUUGGAGUCGGUCAGAUGGUCGCACGGUGUUUGUCGGAGGGACGCCGGACUUCCGCAGACUGACGUCACACCGCGAGCAGUUUGUCAGGUAAAGAUGAGCUGGAGCUGCACCUUCAGAGCAGCACAGUGGCUGCAUCAACAUUCCUCAAGACCUUCUACCUCCAUACCUCCAUCACCUUCAUCAGAGAAGAAACCACCAAAAUUAGGGCCUAUAACAUGGAAAUCGUUAGUGAUCACAUUUGCAGUUGGUGGCGCUCUGCUCCUCGGGGUGAAGUAUUUCAAGCAACAAAAGGAGGAAAUGCUUCGAAAGCAGAGGAACAGGUCAGUCGGUAAACCGGCGCUGGGUGGUUCCUUCUCGUUGGUCGAUCACAACAACAAGCCCGCCAAGAGCGAGGACUUCUUUGGCCGCUGGAUUCUCAUCUACUUUGGCUUCACACACUGUCCAGACAUCUGCCCGGAAGAACUGGAGAAAAUGGUGGAAGUGGUUGAUGAAAUAGACAAAAUGAAGACUGUCCCAAACCUGACACCCCUUCUCAUCACCAUCGACCCUGACAGGGACACGCCCGAGGCCUUGGCUGCGUAUGUCAAAGAGUUUUCACCGAAGCUAAUCGGCCUGACGGGGACGGCCGCUGAGAUUGGUGAGGUGUCCCGGCUCUUCAGAGUCUAUUACAGCCAGGGCCCCAAGGACGAAGACAACGACUACAUUGUGGAUCAUACAAUCAUUAUGUACCUGGUGGGACCGGACGGGGAGUUUGUGCAGUAUUUUGGACAGGACAAAAAAAGUGGCGAGAUCACUAAGUCCAUAGCAGAAUACAUGAAGACGUACGAGAAGAAGUGAGCUGCAGCCCGAGUCUGCGCGGACUGACCCGGACACACCUCUGUCACCGGCACAAGCGUUCACGUGCACGGCUAAGAUGUGACAUUCCUUUGGGGUGUUGGUUUGAGUAAGCACUGAAAGCGACCCCGCGUCUCCUGGACGAUGAUAUCUGGACUCCAGCACUGAUCAAACCACAGACAAGAACAAGUCCAACAUGUUGGAAAUAAAAAGUUCACUUCA